UCCACUCCUGCUUCUGACAUCAUUUCCCGAAUGCUAUAUUCACUGAGCUCUGAAGCCAGAUCGUCUCCUCAGCAUAUGAUGCAAGGAGCUCUUUGAAAUGGAUUUCAACUCUCCUUUCACUCUGCUCUGCUUGCUGGUGAUAAUAACUGUUACUCAAGGCUCUGCCAUCUGGACUGGUGCGCUCAGUGGCGACUCAGCAGUCUUUUCUUUGGAAAUCCAGAGCCUGCAGAACUUCUCCAGCAUGAGCAGGGAGGAUAAGAAAUGCUCUACAACUGUCCUAAAUGAUACUUUGUUGGCCAAGUGUGGCACUUCUGCCAGUAGAUUGCUGAACUUGGAGAAUGGCUCCCUAGUGCUGAGAAGCGUGGAGAAACACGAUGAAGGAAAAUAUGGAUUUGUUUUUCAGAGCACUGCCAGAAAUUUUACACUGGAAGUAUUUGAACCGACCAUUGGUAUCCAGUGCUUCCCUGAUGGGACUGCAGAGCUGUCCUGCAACGUGGCCAUCAACGAGAUCCUGGUCUUUCGGUGGCUGCUGAAUGGCACCCACCUGAAAGCCGAGGGGGCUUGCAUUAAGGAUGCUGGGAAGAAGGUUCACCUGGACAAAACUGAGCCUGGGGAGUUUGUAUGUGAAGUUUUGAAGGGGAACAGGGUCACAAGGACCAGGCCCAUUAUGCUGUCUUGCAGCUAUGGAGACCUGCUGCAGUACCCGGUGUUCAUUUACAUCCUGGCAGGAUGUGCAGCGGGUGUGCUCAUCCUGGUGGUGGCUCUGCCUGCAGCCAUAUGUUGCUGCAUGAGGAGGAGACACAAGUUCAUCCCAGUGCCUUCAGAGGAGGAGAAGGAUGAUGGAUUGACAAUGUCAGUGGUGUCUGGUGAAGGCACGAAGAGCCCCCCCAAUGGAGACCGUGUCGAGGCUCAAGCUGCCCAAACUGACCGUCCUCCAAAGCCUGAUGCUGCCCAGACUGGUCAAGGUGUUGAGGCCCAGCCACUGUCAGAAGAAAACUUACCAGUGCAGAUAGAAGCUGAGGAAAUGCCAGCUCCUGAGGCCCUAGUUGAUAUGGAAAGCCAGGAAGAUGCCUCAGACUGUUUCCCUGAUCCAACUGAUGACUGA